AUUUCAAACGGCUGAGAAGGAUCAGGUGAUGACUUCAUGGGUUUGUUUUUUUUGUUGUUUUAGAGGUGUUGUUCUGGUUAUGCUUUUUCCUCUCCGGCGUUUUGGGUGUGGCCACAUUUCCUGGCACUUUAAAGGGGUUGAAAGUCAGUCGCACGCAGGUACUUCAGGAAAAACACUCCAGACUAGCUCAUCAUGGACCUCAAAGACGCUGUUGGUGAGGAGCAGGUGAAGAAGAAGGAUGCACAGAAGGAUGAGCUAAGCUUACCUUGGAGCAAAAAGAAGGACCAGGAUAAGGGCAAGGGCAAGGAUAAGGGCAAGAGUGAUGACAAACACAAGUCUGACCACAAGGACAAGUCUGACCACAAGGACAAGUCUGACCACAAGGACAAAGACAAACAUGGAGGUGAUAAGAAAAAGAAGGACAAGAAAGAGAAGAAAAAGGGUGAAGGAGGAAAAAAACAUGGAUCCUCCAGCAGUGAUGAGGACUGAUCCCUGCUGCAGUUUUAUUGUUUUGCAUUUUGGCGGAGCGAGCGAUGACAUCUUUGUUGCCAGUUUUGUUUUUUGUCCAUUCAUAGAAACGUGAAGAAGGAAAAAUGAUGCAGAUUUCUCUAAAAUAAAGUCUUUUAAAUCUUU